UGGAGCACCUGGAAAUCAGUCAUCUGCGGGGCUCUGUAGCCUACUGUAGAGCGCUAACCAAACGUUAGCAAUGCGGACGGCGAAACGGGAAUUAAUACGCCUUUAUUUUUUUUUAUAACCCGAUGUGUUGGGGGAUUCUGUAGGGUUUUAAGACCGCGCUCCUUCAUCGUAUGCCCAUUUUUUUGGGUGUGGAAUCAGGAGAGAAACGGGAUAUAUCCUGAGCUGGGGCCCAUAGUGUCUGGAUAUUUCCUGAGAACUCUUACCCGCAUCCGUGUUCCUCGCCCCCAGUGUUAUGGAAUAGGAAAAAUAAAAGAAUGAAGGCUUGAUUUGAAGCUUCUUCUUUCGCCACCAACUAUUUUCUAGGUCUCUAUCCCCUCCCGUUAUCACGGCCUGUCUGCGGACUUGCUAUGGUGGACUCCAACGCGAUGAGGAAGACUUUUGUAGUCCCGGACAUAAAACCUUUGGAUCUGUAUGAUUGUACCAGGGCAAAAAUAUGCGCAAGUGUAGGAUGGCUCUUGGCUAAAUCUUACGGCAAUGCAGAGCACGUUCCAGUGGAGUUGCGGGAGCCCUUCUACUGUGACCAGUACGAGCAGGAGCACCUGAAGCCCCCCGUCACACGCCUCCUGCUCUCCUCUGAACUCUACUGCCGCACCUACGGUCUGCUGCAGGGGGGACAGGGGGGGUCAGGGGCCCCAAAAGACAACGCCACCCUGCUGAAGCUCCUCGCCAACAGGGACGUGGCCCCCAAAGAUCAAGAUGUCCCCGUGACCGACGCGGAUCUCCGGCAUAAACCAAUCAAAAUGAGUGCCCACCUGGCGGUGAUGGAUGCCCUGAUGUCGGUGGGCGCCAUGGAGACGGUGAACGCAGUGAGGAUGUCCGGUGCAGCGGCGGGGGAGGAGCUUCUGGGUGGAGUGGGAGGAGCUAGCUGGGAGAACACCCUGCUCCACUGGGUGAACGGGUUGAAUCAGAGGCUGCGAGAGCAAACAGAGGGUGCACAGGGUGACCCAUCUCAGGACAGCACAGAGCCACAGCCUGUCCAGCCUUCAUGUCCCACUCGCUGGUACUGGAAACUUGUCCCUAUCCGCUACAGAAAGGACAAGACACUUUCUAAACAGAAGCCUACGUUUCCGGUGGUGACUGAAGUCAAAGACCUCUCCAAUGGUUGUGCCAUCGCUGCUGUUAUACACUACUAUUGCCCCGGCCUGUUGCGACUAGAGGAUGUGUGUAUGAAGGAGUCCAUGGCGGUGGCAGACAGCCUGUACAACCUGCAGCUGAUCCGAGAGUUCUGUGACAGCUGUCUGAAGAGCUGCUGCCCCCUGGUGUUGGAGGACCUGCUCUACACCCCACAGGAGCUCCAGGUCAACAUGAUUAGUUUCCUAGCAGAGCUGCUGGGUUGGUUCGAGGUACGGAGGCCAGAGUUUGUUCAGCCACUGAACCCCACUGAUGCUUCUGCACCGAUCAAGCCAACCAGUUUGAGCAAUAACAGCGGCUCUCCUUCCAUCUUCAAGAAGCCGUUCCUGCCCAUCUCCUCGCCAGGGCCUGUGCCAGGGUCUCUGACUCAGUCUGCCUCCAUGUCUCAUGUAGAGGGAUUUGGGAGAACAAAGACCAAGAAGCCUUUCAGUCGUCCCCUGUCCUCGGCCGUGUCCUUUAGCAUUCCCUUCGGCCUGGACAGCGACGUGGACAUCGUGAUGGGCGGCGCCAUCACCCGCUCGGUCAGCUCUGACAACGUGGCCCCUGGCCAGACCAUGACCCGCGUGCCCUACACCCCCCCAGAGGACCUUAGCCACCUGCUCGGCAAGCCUCCCGCCACCCCCGGCUCCCAAAGAGCAUCCUGGGCCACCCAGAGCUCCUCCGUGGUGCCCAUGCUGCUGAAGGAGAACGGCCUGGGAGAGGGAGAGGGAGAGGGAGAGGGGGAGGGGGAGCUGCCCACCAUCGAGGAGGCCCUGCAGAUCAUCCACAACGAGGGCAAGAUGGAACCCCGGCUGCACCCCGAUGGGGCAGCCGACGGAUUCUUCCUGCACUCGCCCGAUGACCCGGCCAGCGCCAGACACAAUGGCCGCGCCCCUCACCCCUCCCACCCGCUUAACCCCGUACCCCUCAGCUGCUCCGCCCCGUCCCGCUCUGGGAUGAUGUACCACCCCCACCUCCCCAUGGGUGGCAAGAUGCAGGCACCCAGGGAGCAGCCCUCCUCCACCCCCUCCUCCCGCACCCGACACACCUCAGAGGGCUCGCGGGACGACGACUCGGUGCUGAGGGACGGGAGCGUGGACUCUGACGCCUCUGAGGACCUCCUCCUCCUCCCCAAUGCCCAGUCCACCCCUGCCACGCCUGCUGUCCACACCAGAGGCCGAGGAGGGGGGGACGACGCCCAGGACAGCGGCGUGAGGAUGACCAGCUUUGCUGAGCGCAAGAAGAAACCGUCGACAGUGGGCGACUCACCUAAAAGCGACGGCGCCAGCAGCAGUGAACCAGUCGCCCCGGCGGCGACGGCUCCGAUGACCAGCUGGGCGGCCCAGCCACAGAAGUCGACGCAGGAGAGCCCCAGUAAGAGCCCUGGACUGACCACUGAGAUGUCCGAGCUGGGAGCCCGGCUGGAGGAGAAGAGGAAGGCCAUCGAGGCCCAGAAGAAACGUAUUGAGGCCAUCUUCGCUAAGCACCGCCAGAAACUGGGCAAGAGUGCCUUCCUGCAGCUGAAGAAGGAGCAGGGAGAGGGAGAGGAGGAGGAGGGCCAGGUCAGCGCCUCCUCCACAGAGGAGGACCUCAGGGGGCUGACGCUAGAGGAAAGGCUGGCUCACAUGGAGGACGAGGAGCAGCAGGAGAACCGGCGCCCCUCAGUGGAGCAGGAGGGGAACGUCAAACCUUCAUCAUACCUGGACAACAAACAGGCCUCCUUACCCAAGGACAGGGCGGGUAGAGAAGGUGUGCAGAGAGAGAAGGGUGCAGGGGCGGCAGGGUCAGGAGGACAGAAGGCCGGGGUGGUAGUGCAUCAGCCAGCGCCCUUGGGGGACUACAACAACGCUGUAUCAAAGCUGAACGCGGCGCUAAGCUCUCUGCAGAGCGACAUGCAGCGCCUCUCAGAACAACAAAACCAACUCAUCAGGAAGAAGCCUGCCACUCCCGCCGGCAACAAGUCCUGGGUGAUCCCGCCCAGUCUCAAAUCCUCAGCCCCUCCUCCGAUCCGCAUGUCCCGCGCGUCCACCCCUCGCGACCUCGCCUCCGCCUCCUCUUCCCCCUCGUCGUCCCGCCGCAACGCCGCCAGUCCCGCCAGAACGCCCAAGUCGCCCCAGGUCCAGCGCCGGGCCCAGUCGGUGCCUCCCAAGAGCCCCAAGCACCAGGCCACCCACUACCACCACGCCCGCCCCCAGGACCUCAAAGUGCCGGGCCUGUCGCGCGUGCUCACUCCCCCGCAGAACGUGGACACUAUCCCCCACCUGCGCCGCGCCUCCCCCUGGCAGUGCCGAGACCAGAACUCCUCCACCUUCAACAUCAGCUCUGCCCCCAGCCCUGCCUCCACCCCAACCCCCAUCCCCUCCCCAACCCCCACACCCCGGGCCCUGUCGCUGGCCCUGGAUGACAACAUGUCAGACACCGGCUCGAACGAGGACCAGAGCAUCUUCAGCAUGGACCUGGAUGCCGCCACAUCUAAGGCCUCGGAGAGAAAGGAGCGUGGGGGUGGUGGGAGCUCGGGGGCGCCCUCGGAGUGCUCGUUUGAAAGUGACGUUCCGGCGGCAGGGGUGUUUAAUGGCAAGCGCAGCAGCCUGAUCGAGAUUUCUCUAUCGGCCUUGCGCGGGGACGGGGACGAAGAAGACCUGAGUGUCAUGGACGACUCCAUGAGCGACGUGACCGAACCCGAGAUGAAGGGCGGGGUCGGCUUCUUCUUUAAGGAUGACAAGGUGCGGCCAGAGGACGAGAUGGCCCAGAGGAAAGCAGCCCUGAUGCAGAAACAGCAGAAGAGGGCGGAGGAGAUGAAGAGACGCAGGCUGGAGCAGGAGGAGAAGAAGGAGAAAGAGCAUGCGAUCCGACCCGAGUGGUUUAACAUCGAGGGCUGGGGAGACAAGAGUGGUGGUGGUGGUGGUGGUGAGGACCGGCCCCGGACCCCCGGUACCCCCACUUCAGAUAGCACGACCCAGCGAAGAGACACCUUCACCAGGCAGGAGUACGAGCGGAGGCAGCAGCUGAAGAUCAUGGAGGAUCUGGACAAGGUAUUGCGGCAGAAGCCCACCACGGUGCGCGGCGUGAAGAAGCAGAGACCCAAGACCAUGUUCCGGGACGACUCUGUGCUUUCCCGCAGCCCCGCCAAGGGAUUCAUGGGCUCCAAACUCAACAAGGUAUAUUCCCACUCUACCAUGAACCUGUCCUCAAUGGCUAACGACACCGGCAACAGCGGGACGCUGACCGUCAGGAAAUCUCCCAGCCGAUCUCACUCCCCCUCGAGGCUGAUGUCACCAGGACGAAUGGCCAAUCAGAACGGAGAGAAGGACUGGGAGAACGCCUCCAUGGCCUCGUCUCCCGCCUCCAUCCCAGAAUACACCGGACCCAAGCUGUACAAGGAGCCCAGCUUCAAGUCCAACAAGUUCAUCAUCCACAACGCCAUCUCCCGCUGCUGCCUUGCCGGCAAGGUCAACGAACCGCAGAAAAACAAGAUUGUAGAGGAGAUGGAGAAGUGCCAGGCCAACCACUUCCUCAUCCUCUUCCGUGACUCCAGCUGUCAGUUCCGGGCCGUCUACACCAUGGACCUAGAGACCGAGGAGAUGGUGCGCCUCACGGGCAUUGGGCCGCGCGUCAUCAGCCCCGCCAUGGUGGAGUCCAUCUACAAGUAUAGCUCGGACCGCAAACAGUUCACCACCAUCCCGUCCAAGACCAUGUCUAUGAGCGUUGAUGCCUUCACCAUCCCCGGGCACCUGUGGCAGAGCAAACGCCCGGGCACCCCCAAGAAGCUGGGGACCCCCAAAUAAUAACGAGAACAUCUCAAUGAUGGAGGAGGUGGUGGGCGGGGGGGGAGGAAGUUCGCGGACAUAUGUAAAUCAGGGGCCCCUCCUCUCCCCCAGUCAACCCCCACCACCCUCUUCCCCCCUCCUUUCUUUUAUAUUAGCACUGUCCAGUGUUGGCUGUUGAUUUGGAGACUGCUUUAGUUCAGUAGGCUGGUCAGGUAGACCAGUGGAGGGAUCUGAAAUGAAUAAAUGACACUGGUGCCAGACAUAUACAAACCGCCUGCCCCUUUAAGCCUGUCCAACCGGAUGGUCUCUGCCCCUUUAAGACCAACCUGGGUCGUAUUCACUUGGAAGCAAACGGACCAAAACAGGGAGGGAUUACCUGAAUGUGUCCAAUAAGAAACGCUUGUUUUUCAUUGCAAAAUGUUUUGCUACAGUGUGCACGAUUGAAUAUGACCCUUAUCAGCUCUGUGGUACAUGUCAUGUGACAAGGGGGCCAGCUACAGAUAAUCACUACUACUAAAGCCAUUCAUAGGGCCCUGUCUGUCACACACUAUACACCAUAGGGGCCUCUGAUUGGCCCCCCGGACUGAUCUACCUAGAUUGUAAAAUAAUACGAAUGUUGCGAUAGGACUGGAAUGAACAUGGGUUCUUCCCACCCUACUGGGCCUCUCGCCUCAGGGCCUGGCUCCCCAGCCUCCUACUGCCUUCCCUUCUCCCCCAGGCCUCCCCACCUCCCUCUGACUCCCCCUUGCCUUACCCCUGCCUUCCCACUGCCUCCCCUUGACUAACCCCGUCCACAGUCAUCCAUUGUGACUUUAAGCACUCAGUGGUGAGCGUGAGAGGGAACAUCUCACACACUGCCGCAGCUCUCUGAACAGAACAUGGGGGGGACAGACUCGCAAUCUCCCUCUCUCUUUCUCUCUCUUUUCUCUCUCUUUUUUCUUUCUUUCAUCUGACCUUCUUUCUUUUUCUUUAAUUCCAGGGCUCUUUCUCCUCCCGUCUGCUGCCUCUCCGUGCAGACGGGACAGAUGAAGCCAAGCUGAAAGAAAUCAGACUUAGCAAACUGCUCUCUCAUGAAUGUAGGGCGCACCCGAACCACUCGGCUCCCCCGGGUGUGUUUUCAUUGGCCAGUCGAGGACUGGGAGGUACUGUAUUGGGCGGGUCCACCGAGGGCUCUAGCACUCUUGAGGGGCUGCCGUGGCUGUCAGUCAGAGCGUUAUGAAGGACUCCGCCCAGCUCCAACUCUACUUCAGCUGUAGACAUCUGGAUGUUUUUUUUACACCACUACUUUUGACAUGUGCUGAGUGAAUCGCUUCGGCCUUCGCGAAAUGAGAACUGAACUUUAUUUUUAUUUUUCUCUUGCUUGCUUUAUAUGAAAAUACAUGAUUAUCUUGAUGAAUGAUACUGGAAAAAAUGAAGGAGGACUUUAUACUCUGUUUAGCGUUACCCUGGAUUCACAUUGAGAGAAAAAAACUCAAAUGAAUGACAAUUUAAUAUAUAUGAAUGCUGUUUAUUGCUGAUUACUUUCAUUUUUGACAAUGAUUUGUACAAACAAGUUAAACUAUUAUUAAGCUAGCCUGCUGCUUUACCAUUAGUGAGGUGUGUGUGUUUGAGAGAAGAGCGGCCAGUGAGUGAAAGAGCGAGCGAAUGAGAGGAAAAACUGUCUGACAAGAGACUUAGCGAACUCUCCACAAUCUGAAAAAUAAACCUAGAAGGACAAAAUGAACAAGCUGUGUCAUUUGAGAUACACACACAUACACGAACACAGUAUAUGUUACCUGUGAAUGAAGGAUAAUCAGGACUGUAUCAGUCCUAAUUCGGUCCCUCUGCAGGGUAUGGUGUGGUACUAUAUGGGGUUUUGGGGAAACCUAGGCCUAGACCACAUGACCCCAUAGGGUGCCAUUUGGAACACAAACCAUGUUGUUUCUGGUGUAACCUGUAGGAACUAGUGGGUUCUGAUCUCAUCUUGGCUUCAUUUAGCAUUACAUCAGCUGAUGUAGGCCAAUCAGCUGUCAUCUCUCCUGUCUUGUUUCAAAUCACAAACUGCCUCCAACAACAACAACAACAAAACGUUCCUGUCGUUUUGACAGAGAUUUAAAAUGGAGAUCUGAUUAAAAAUGUGUCUCUCUAAAGCAGCAUUUAUGAAAUGAAAGCGUGACAAUGGGUUUGUACGUUCGGUGUGUAUGGUAAGGAGUGUGAGAUUAAUGGACCUGUGUGACACUGUGUUGGUGUAAUGUGUAUAUCUGUUUGUAAAGGAGAGAAUGUAUGUGAUAGUCGAACUUUAACUGGAGUCUGUGCAAUUCUCCUGUAGACAGACAGUCAGUCAGUCAGUCAUUUAACCCCAAGUUGUAUUUAUUGGGUAAAGAUUAGAAGGAUUAUUAGAUUAUUUAAAUUUUAUUUUUUUCCAUUAAAGUGGUGAUUCACAUGUUCAUUUCAUAGAAGUCAUGUCCGACAUGUCGUGUAUGUUGUCUUUUUUUAUUUUGCUCUGUUACCACCGUGUCGAUGUGGGCAGAGUAUUUGUGUUCCUCUCACAAAAUUGUUCAUGAUUACAGAUCUAUCCCAGGUAACUGGACCAGGCUAAUAAAAUCAUUUAAAAAAUCA